UAAUUUCGAAGAAAUUGCAUACCUCCUGAUAUGAUGAGUCAACCACGUUUAGUGGAAAGUCUUUUAAUUUUAAUUAAAAUUGGAAUUAACAUCCGUGUAAUAUUUUUAACGUUCACUUCAAAAUCACGAUCAAUUAAUUACUUUUUUGAAAUCUUUUUUCCUUACAUAGGUAUACGAAAAAAUGACACCAAUGUCGAAGACGUUAUUGGGCUUAUUGCUUUUCGCUGUUUUGUGUCCGUGGUAUUCCUGUGGACUUGCGCCACAGUUUGACAACCGCGAAACGUCAGGGGAGGAGCCAUUGCUUGACCCUGUCCCAGAUCCCUCGGGUUCUCACUGUCAAAGGAACAAAAAUCCAAAAGGUCUGGGGUUCAUUGGCGUGAAGUACAACUUACUCAGGGGAAACCCCGAGGGGAAAACCGAGAUGGGUGGUGUUGAUCCGGGACUUGAAAUCACUAGGAAGAUUUUAAAGCUAACAUACGAAGACGGCAAAGCAGUCCCCGACCAGAUCUGCUACGAACCACGCCAGGUGUGUUCUGUGUCGAAAUCAGCUAAGAUCUUUGGUGGAACCAAACGCUACCAAGAAAAACUGAAUGUCGAUGUCACAGCCAAGGGUAAGAGUACAAUUCCUGUCUAUUGAUGAAGCUUUGUUAAAUUUUUAUCUCUGCCAAUUUGUUGUUUAUUUUGUAGACCAUAUCUACUCACCCUUAUCACAAAAACCAGAAACACAUAUCACUAAAAUGAAUAGUAAAAAAAUUUUCUUUUUAGUCCCAGGGUAGUGAGAUUUGCAACCGAUUGGCGCCUGUCUGUAAACUAAUUUGCGUAUCAGCUAUGUAUAUAGUCCAUUACUCCGAGGAUCAGAAUCAUUUACCAUUUAUUCACCACUAAUUUAAACGGCAUUUAAU